AUGACAAAAUCUUUAUCUUUGAGUGCCACUGUGGAUGUUCUCUCUGAGGAUAUUGAUGACUCUGGCCCAUCCGAUGUUGGAACCAGACUUACAACUGCUCGUGUUACCUCUGUGAGUGCAGAUAUUGUCUGCAUUGAUGAGGAGACCUAUUUCUCCCUAGAUGUUGUUUCUGAAGAUUUUAAGCCUUAUAAGGGUGACUGGGUAGAAGUUGAGUACCUCAGCCUUCCCGGCCCGUGCAACAUCAAGGUGCACUCAGCAAAGCCCUUGUUCUGUAGGUGUCUGGAGGAGGUCUGCAUCACCAGCCUAUAUGGAAGAAAUGGGGUGGUAGACAAUACUGUCUUCUUCACUUUGGAUUCUCUGAAACUUCCUGAUGGAUACAGUCCCAAAAAAUAUGACAUUGUUGAUGUUGUCAUAGUGGGGAGUAUUCAGUCAUGCUACGUUUGGAGAGCAAUUUCUAUGAGCCCAGUCUCAAAUGUGUUAUAAAAGAAUUUUGUUUCCUGUUAAUGAGCAUUCUAUGAGUAAUAAAUAGCCCGAUUGAACUGAAAGCUUAGCUUAGUAAGUAUAGCAAUAUUUAGAUACAACUCCAUGGUAAAUUCAGUUAAGAUACCACAUAGUUCCACAAAGACCCGAGAGCUCACUUUGAAGGAUUGCCUUAUCCAUUCAGAAGCAUGCUAACACUGCCUAGGUAAAUGAGGAAAAAAAAAAGAUUCUUAGAAAAGACUCUGCUA